AUGCACAAAGGCCUCGUUCAUCAGGAAACUGAACUCCUCCGCAUAUCCGACCGUCAUGGAAGCGCCGAGAACCUGACCUUCGAGGAUAGGUCCGGCUGGCGGCAAAGUCAGCUGCGAGUCUGGGCGGGGAGUUGGCGGUUGGUCGUGUUUCUGUCGUUCUUGGUCAGUUUGGUGGUUCUCUUCUUGAACUUGGGCUUUUUGAUUUGGGCCGCUGCGAAGAACCAGGUUCAGGGGAGUCGUGGGGUCUUGUAUGAGGGGAAUUGCGAGAAGGUGCAGAGGUUUAACGUCGGCAUUCAUUUUCUCAUCAACGUGCUGGCCACGGUUAUCCUGGGCGCCAGCAAUUAUGGCAUGCAAUGCCUGUCUGCCCCUACGAGAUGCGACGUAGAUCGAGCACACCGCAAUGGCCGCUGGCUGGACAUUGGCGUGCAGAGUAUUCGCAAUCUGGCGCAUGUCUCCGUCCAGCGCUGUCUGUUAUGGAUCGCUCUGGCCUUCACGGCGCUUCCGUUCCAUCUCUUCUAUAAUGGCACCAUUUUUGCCACGCAAUCCGCUCACGCUUACAAUGUCUUUUCCGGAAAGGGGUCGGUCCUCGGGCAGAGUGACCUGAACUCUUCGCAGAUCAGCGAUAUCGGCGGGGGGUACCGACCGUCGUUCAAGGGUCUGUAUGAGCAGGCGCGGAAUGGAUCUCUGGAGCGCUUGGAUGCUUCCCAAUGUGUGGAUUCCUAUGCGACGACCUUUCAAGCGACAUACGGUAAUCUAUUAAUCGCCACGGACGACGUGGAAGAGCCCAACUUCGAGUUCUUUCACUCGCAGAGCGUGUUCAGUCCAAUGCAAUACCUCCUACUGGCCCAGCCUGGCGCUGAUCCCUAUCGGUGGCUGUGUCCUGGUGACGCAGAUAAGGACUGUGAUGCGUAUUUGCCGGACAUUCAUAAUCAAAUCGACGACGACAGCUGGACUGUCCAAUCUACUGCCCGCGAGUACAAAGUGAACUACUGUUUGGCGGAGAAGUUACCUCAGCAGUGCAAGCUGGAGUAUUCUCUCCCAAUGACGCUCAUCAUUAUCAUGCUUAACCUGUUUAAUGCUGUGAUACUAUGCUAUAUCUCACUCGGCACGAAAGAAUCUCCCUUGCUGACCGUCGGCGACUCCAUCGCGUCGUUCCUCAGCCAGCCCGAGACGUCCACCCAGAAUAAGUGCUUCCACAGCCGGGCCAUCGUUGGCGAGCUGAACUCUGGCCUGCCUGUCUAUCGAGCUCUUGACAAACCGGUGAUGUUCGAAAGGAAGAGCAAACGAUGGAUCUCCGCCGCCUCGUUCGCCAAAUGGGGAUUCGUCGUGAUCAUCUGGCUCAUCGCUAUCGCCCUCUGUCUCGGCCUCCUAGCCUACGGUCUCAGUGAGAUGAACAACAGCUCCGGCGUCUGGACUGUCUCCAUCGGAGAAGCAACCGCCCAGACCCUCAUCAAAGGCGACUACUGGCCCACCACGAUCGGCAUCAACAUCCUCGCCGCCAACGCCGCCCAGAUCAUCUUCGCUAUGCUCUACUUCUCCACCAACUCGCUCCUCUCCGCCAUGACCCUCGCCGCUGAAUGGAGCCGCUUCGCCGUACGCCGCAGUGGACUCCGCGUCUCCGUCUCGCCUCAGGUCUCGCAACGCCAGUCGUACUUCCUCUCUCUUCCUGUCUAUUAUGGUGUACCAUUCCUUCUUGCCUCCGCCGUCCUGCACUGGCUCAUCUCGCAAAGCCUCUUCAUUGUCUCCGUCGAAGCCUACACCGCCGACCACGCGCGAGACACCUCCGGAGACCUGAUCACCUGCGGCUUCUCGCCUAUCGCAAUCGUUAGCGCCGUCGCCGUCGCCGCGUUCAUCGCUCUCAGCGUCUGCGGUCUCGCUUCUCAGCGCUUCGCAUCUGGCAUGCCGAUCGCGGGGAGUUGUAGUCUUGCUAUAGCCGCGGCUUGUCAUCCUUAUUUCGAUCCGAAUUAUCUGGGGGGUGACGGGAUUGCCGAGAUCCAGUUCAACGGGGAGGAUGUGGCUAUGUUGCCGGUCAAAUGGGGCGCUGUGCGCUUGGAGGGGAACUUGGGGCAUUGUACUUUUUCGGCAGGGGAGGUUGAGAUGCCGGAUGAGAAAAGUGUGUAUCAAUAA